AUGUCCGCUUUCAUGUGGCAAGUGGCUCAACAGCGUAAUGUGAUGCAGUAUGGGAAGCUGGAGGAGUUUGUGACUUUGGUGACAGAGAUGGUUCCAGAGCUGCUGAGCUCCAGGCAGAGGACCCAACUCAUCCUGGGACUGAGAGCAAGGGUGAGAAAGGUGGAAAUGUUGAGGGUUGGGAUGGGAAGAGUCUUAUGAUGGAACGAACUAUGGGCAGCUACUAACUGCAAUUACUGUACAUAUGCCCAGGCCCUGGUCUGAUUAAUCAGGCUGUAAUACACAAUUCAUUGGUACAUACAGCCUGAAACUAAUGCCUGCAAAAUCGUGUAAAUGUUCAUUACAAGCCAGAAUGUUGAAUAAAAUUACAUUUAAACUUACUUUACCGGUUGUCUGUGCGUUUUGUCCUUCAGCUGUUUGAAAUUUGAGACAAAAAACCACAGGAAAGUAUUGUUUACACAACUUUUUAGAGAUAUGGUUAGGCACCUAGGUAAAAUGUGUUUUAUAUUGGAUAUUCGUUUUUCUCUCGUCAAUAGCUAUUGAACCAAGCAUUCCAUGACAAUGGAAAAAGGUAUAUUCUGAAUCGGGAGGAUGGAGAAUAUUUUUUCAAUAUUUUGUUCCCCUACAAUUCCACCCCCCAAAAUUCUCCAUCCUCCUGAUUCAGAAUAUAACAUUUUCAUUGUCAUGGCUAUCUUGGAGUGAGAAAAAAAUCCAAUAUAUAUGUAACUUUACCUUGGUAUGCCCUAGACAAUACUUUCCUCUGGAUAUUUUAUCUCAAAUUUAAAGCAUCUUAUGGACAAAACGUGCAAACAACCGGUAGAGUGAGUUUACAUUUAAUUUUAUUCAACAUUCUGCCUUGUAAGGAAUACUUACACGAUUUUGCAGGCAUUCAUUUCAGGCUGGAUGUACAAAUGAAUGGUGUAUUACAGCCUGAUUAAUCCGACUACCCUGUACCUAGUCCUGCUUUUUACAUAUCCACCUCUUUUCCAGCUGGUUUUAGAGUUGUGUCGCAGUGAGGGUACAGCUGACUUCCUGACCAUCCAGGCCCACCUGGACAUAAUCCACACUUUGACAGAAAAAUCCUUACACAAAGAGGUAGGUUAAAUUGGUAACAAUUUAUGAAUGAGCCACUGGAAGAACUUUAUUUCUGAGAGAUGCACUCCUGUACCUUUGUCAGAUGUUUUGUUUUCUUGUGCCUAAUGACAGAGUCAUGGUGAUGAAUUGGAGGCUUCAGAUUCUAACUUUGUGGAGCUGGUUCAAACCCUGCUGGAAGACCCUUCUGAGAGGGAGCAUUUCUUCCAGGUGAGGAACUUUCUCUCUAGACUUCUUUUUGAUCCUUUUGCUUGAGUAUAUUUCUGAAAUAGGCUACCAGUUGAACGUCAAAUACUUAGAUGAUGUUCAACUGCUCCUCCAUUGUUCCCACAAGCAAGGGAGGAGGCUGAUGACAUCACAUCAGACCAACUCAACUCCUUGAAUGGCCUACUCCAAAAUAGCUGGAGUGCAUCUUUUAGAGGAGACAUUUGGCACUAGACCCAUUUCAUGCUAAAUUGUCUACUUCACAGGAGGUGUUCCCAGUCCACUAUGGCCCUCGGUAUGACACAGCGCUGCAGACACUGGUGUGGGAGUUUCUCUCCAGACUGGAGGAGCUGCUGCCUGUACCAGACCUCACACAGGUACUGAGGAAAACAUCUGUUCUAAAAGAUUGACGGAACAUAGCGUGUGGCUCUACAGAUGAAUUGAAUGGUGUUUUUGGUCAUUUCAAAACUUGUCUAAAACCUCAAGUGGCUGGAACAACGUAUUUGAACUCUUUAUUAUCCUGUAUUCCCUCGGCCCUGCUCCUCUUAGAUAACAGCAUGGCUCGGUGCUGCCCCCUCUGUCCUGGAGGAAUGUAGACAGACUGUCUUUGACCCUGAACAACUGAAGACAGUGAUGCAGCACCAUCAGCGUCAUGGAAACCUGAACAAUAGUAAGUCUUCAUCCAGAUGAUGGCUAUGAAGUAAAUAGUCCAAUUGGACACCUCUUGUAUUUUUUACUUGGCCAAUGUAGGUGAGUGUAACUGAUGUUCUCUCAUACCCAGGUCAUGUCUCUAAAUACACUGCAGAUACCAUCCUGUCCACACUGUCCCUCCCUCCAAAAAUGAGAGUUGUUAUUAACAAUGAGCCGGACAACUCUGACAAUGUGAAGACAUGCUCAGAUGAAGAUGAAUGCAUAGAUAAUGGGGUAGAGGUCUGGGAAUAUGAGGACAACAAUGAAAUCCUGGAUGAUGACACUGAUAGAUGUUUGGAGGAUCUAGGACUGUCAACAUCAGAGCAACAGGAGGGUCUAUCACCUGGAGAGACCUCAGCGUUGGUUACUCCAGGACCCUGUGAUGGUAAGGAAAAUAAAAAAAGGUCAAACACUCAUCCAUUAUUUAUGACUAAUAAAGUAUAUGAAUUGCAAUGUGCAGGUAACUGCCAAAAUAAUGGAAACACUUGAGUAAAUGAGGGAUACAAAGUAUAUUGAAAGCAGGUGCUUCCACACAGGUGUGGUUCUUGAGUUAAUUAAACAAUUAACGUCCCAUCAUGCUUAGGGUCAUGUAUAAAAAUGCUGGGCAGGCCAUUAUUUUGCCUACCAUGGCUAUGCAAGAGUGGUAACUGAAUGGUUUGAGCAUGAAAACGAUGUUAACUAUGUGCCAUGGCUGUCGGUCACAGAUCUCAACCCAAUUGAACACUUAUGGCAGAUUAUGGGGAGGUGCCUGAGACAGUAUUUUCCACCACCAUCAACAAAGCACAAAAUGAUGGAAUUUCUUGUGGAAGAAUGGUGUCGCAUCCCUCCAAUAGAGUUCCAGACACUUGUAGAAUCUAUGCCAAGUUGCAUUGAAGCUAUUCUGGCACGUGGUGUCCCAACGCCCUUUUAAGACAUUUUAUAAUGGUGUUCACCUUUGGUUCGGCAGUUAUCUGUGUAAAAAAAUAUAUAUAUACAGUGAGGGAAAAAAGUAUUUGAUCCCCUGCUGAUUUUGUACGUUUGCCCACUGACAAAGAAAUGAUCAGUCUAUAAUUUUAAUGGUAGGUUUAUUUGAACAGUGAGAGACAGAAUAACAACAAAAACAUCCAGAAAAACACAUGUCAGAAAUGUUAUAAAUUGAUUUGCAUUUUAAUGAGGGAAAUAAGUAUUUGACCCCUCUGCAAAACAUGACUUAGUACUUGGUGGCAAAACCCUUGUUGGCAAUCAGAGGUCAGACAUUUCUUGUAGUUGGCCACCAGGUUUGCACACAUCUCAGGAGGGAUUUUGUCCCACUCCUCUUUGCAGAUCUUCUCCAAGUCAUUAAGGUUUCGAGGCUGAUGUCUGAUCAUGUCUUUGUCAGUGGGCAAACGUACAAAAUCAGCAGGGGAUCAAAUACUUUUUUCCCUCACUGUAUAUAUAUAUAUUACCAGUCAAAAGUUUGGACACACCUACUCACUCCAGGGUUUUGCUUAAUUUUUACUAUUUUCUACAUUGUAGAAUAAUAGUGAAGACAUAAACUAUGAAAUAACACAUAGGGAUCAUGUAGUAACCCAAAAAGUGUUAAACAAAUUAAAAUAUAUUUUAGAUUCUUCAAAGUAGCCACCCUUUGCCUUGAUGACAGCUUUGCACACUCUUGGCAUUCUCUCAACCAGCUUCACCUGGAAUGCUUUUCCAACAGUCUUGAAGGAGUUCCCACAUAUGCUGAGCACUUGUUGGCUGCUUUUCCUUUACUCUGCGGUCCAACUCAUCCCAAACCAUCUCAAUUGGGUUGAGGUCGGGGGAUUGUGGAGGCCAGGUCAUCUGAUGCAGCACUCCAUUACUCUCCUUCUUAGUCAAUUAGCUCUUACACAGCCUGGAGGUAUGUUGGGUCAUUGUCCUGUUGAAAAACAAAUGAUAGUCCCACCAAGCGCAAACCAGAUGGGAUGGCGUAUCGCUGCGGUAGCCAUGCUGGUUAAGUGUGCCUUGAAUUCUAAAUAAGCCACAGACAGUGUCACCAGCAAAGCACCCCAACACCAUCACACCUCCUCCUCCGUGCUUCACGGUGGGAACCACACAUGCAGAGAUCAUCCGUUCACCUACUCUGCGUCUCACAAAGACACAGCGGUUGGAACCAAAAAACAGAUUUCCACCGGUCUAAUGUCCAUUGCUCGUGUUUCUUGGCCCAAGCAAAUCUCUUCUUAUUGGUGUCCUUUAGUAGUGGUUUCUUUGCAGCAAUUCGACCAUGAAGGCCUGAUUUCACGCAGUCUCCUCUGAACAGUUGAUGUUGAGAUGUGUCUGUUACUUGAACUCUGAAACUGAAACAUUUAUUUGGGCUGCAAUUUCUGAGGCUGGUAACUCUAAUGAACUUACCCUCUGCAGCAGAGGUAACUCUGGGUCUUCCUUUCCUGUGGCGGUCCUCAUGAGAGCCAGUUUCAUCAUAGCGCUUGAUGGUUUUUGCUACUGCACUUGAAGAAUCUUUUAAAGUUCUUGAAAUGUUCUGUAUUGACUGACCUUCAUGUCUUAAAGUAAUGAUGGACUAUCGUUUCUCUUUGCUUAUUUGAGCUGUUCUUGCCAUAAUAUGGACUUGGUCUUUUACCAAAUAGGGCUAUCUUCUGUAUAACACCCUACCUUGUCACAACAACUGAUUGGCUCAAAUGCAUUAAGAAGGAAAAAAUUACACAAAUUAACUUUUAACAAGGCACACCUGUUAAAUGAAAUGCAUUCCAGGUGACUACCUCAUGAAGCUGGUUGACAGAAUGCCAAGAGUGUGCAAAGCUGUCAUCAAGGCAAAGGGUGGCUACUUUGAAGAAUCUCAAAUAUAAAAUAUGUUUUGAUUUGUUUAACACUUUUUUUUUUGGUUACUACAUGAUUCCAUAUGUGUUAUUUCAUAGUUUUAAUGUCUUCACUAUUAUUCUACAAUGUAGAAAAUAGUUUAAAAAAUAAAGAAAAACCCUGGAAUGAGUAGGUGUGCCUAAACUUUUGACUGGUACUGUAUAUAUAAAUAAAUGGUGGUUAUGUAAUCUUAUCUCUUGUAUUUUCUCCUUACAGAAUUGAAAUUGGAUAAUUCUCUCAACGUAGUGGUGAAUGCUGACGAACCAUCCCAGGUUCUUACCUGCACCCUCUGCCUCCAUUCUCUCACAGUGAAAUGGCCAACCUCUGCAAGGACAUCAAGAUAAACCAAGUAGAAAAGGACAGCAAACAGGUUGACAAGAAAAAAAAGGUGGUCAGAAAGGGGGACAAAAAGAGGGUCAUCAAAAAAAGGGUGAUCAAAAGGAGAGUGAUCAAAAAGAGGGUGAUCAAACAGGUUGACAAGAAAAAGAAGGAUCCCCUGCACCCCAAAACAGGACUCAUACAUGUGAGUGUGGGAAGGUUUUCAAAAAACCAUCACUGCUGACGCUACAUAUGGGAGUUCACACGAUGCCAUAUCAUUGUGACCAGUGUCCCAAACGAUAUGCUACUCCUGGGGCUCUGAAAAAACACCAGCUACUUCACACAGAAGAAAGGCCAUUCGCAUGUGAACACUGUGACCGGAGGUACAGGAGUGCUUAUGAUCUCAAAGUGCACAUACGCAGUCACUCUGGGGAGCGCCGUCACAUGUGUAUUAUCUGUGGUAAGAGGUUUACCCAGCAGUGUACGCUAGUGAGACACAUGCGAAUGCAUGCUGGGGAGAAGAAUUAUUUAUGUAGCAUAUGUGGUAAGGCAUUCCUUAGCUCAGGAGAACUGCGGCUGCAUACACGAACGCACACGGGAGAAAACCCCCACACCUGUAAACAUUGUGGAAAGGGUUUCAAAGCAUCUUGCCAACUUACGGUUCAUCUGCGCUCUCACACAGGCGAGCGUCCUUACACCUGCACCCAAUGCCCAAAAUCUUUCACUACCUCAGACUCCCUGAGAACGCACAUGUAUACUCACACUGGGGAGAAACCUCACCAGUGCUCAGAGUGUGGGAAAACAUUUACUCAAAGGGGUAAUAUGGUAAAUCAUAUGAGAAGAGUUCAUAGACUGGUUAAGAUUCUCCAAAAGCACUCCAACAGAAAGACAGACAAAGUCUCGUAA